CAGUAUCGCGCUAGAAAGGUUCGAGGCAACUCCGUAAAGGUCCUCGAAACAUUUUAAGCGUGCGAUCGUGAAAUGAAAGACCAACGAGUCAUUCGCGAAAUGUCCCUAACGUGAAAAAGUUCAAAAAAAAAUUCAACACCAACACAAAAAUCUUUAUAAAUUUUAAAGUUAUUUUUUAUUUAAUUAAAAAGAAAAGAAAAUGUUGGUUAAAAAAUUUCGAUUUUUCUGCUUGGUUUUGAUCUCAGCAUCGAUGGGAGUAGCAAGAAACGAAAGCAUCACCGGAAGUGCAAGUUCGAGCAACGAGUGCAAUUGGUUACCGGACAACAAUAACACUUCAACAACAAAACUCGCGAUUAAUUGUCGAUUUCGAAGUUUAGACGCGACCGGAAAUCACCUCAACGGUUUACCGUCGGAUGGAAUUUCGAAAUUACGGAUCAAAUGCAGUGAUAUAGUGUACUUUGAAAGUUACCUACCAUCGAACUCCAUCAAAAAAUUACACGACCUCCAAGAAUUUUUCGUGGAAAGUUGCAAAAUCCUCCAUUUAGAAUCAAACACAUUCGAGGGGAUGGGAAAUUUAAAAAAAUUAACGAUUAAAUCCCACAAUAACGAUUGGGGGAAAAGCUUAGAAUUAACUUCGAUGUCUUUUUCUGGACUUAAAGAACUUCAAAUUUUAAAUUUGAGUUAUAACAAUUUAAGGGGGAUCCCAGAAACGAGUUUUUGCACUUUACCCAAUUUAAAAACUCUAAAUUUAACUCAAAAUCGUAUCAGAACCUCUGAAAGAUUAGGAUUUGGAAAUUCUUCGUCCCGGAGUAAUUCGUGCCCAAGUAGUGAUCUUCAAAUUUUAGAUUUGUCGCAUAAUGAGUUAAGAACAUUGCCGGAAAUGUCGGGAUUUGCGCGUUUGAGACGUUUACAAGAACUCCGAUUGGAUUAUAAUAAUAUUAGUGAUAUUUCGGGUGAAGCUUUAGUUGGAUUAACUUCUUUGCGGGUUGUGAACUUGUCGAAUAAUAAUGUUGAGACGUUACCGGAAGGUUUAUUCGCGGCGUGUCGCGAAUUGCGCGAAAUUCAUCUCCAAAAUAAUACUUUGAUGUUUCUUGCAAAAGGGGUUUUUCACCGAUUAGAACAAUUAAUCGUCUUGGAUUUAUCGGGGAACCAAUUAACUAGUGGCCACAUCGACUCAUCAACUUUUACAGGAUUAAUUCGCUUAAUUAUUUUGAAUUUAUCCCAUAACGCUUUGACCCGAAUCGAUGGAAAAACGUUCAAAGAUUUAUUCUUUUUGCAAAUUUUAGAUUUGAGGAAUAACUCGAUUGGGUUCAUCGAAGAUAACGCUUUUUUACCACUUUAUAAUUUGCACACUUUGAAUUUGGCCGAAAAUCGUUUAAACACCAUCGGGGGGUCUCUUUUUAACGGAUUAUUCGUGUUAAGUAAAUUAACUCUAAAUAAUAAUUUGAUUGUUAACGUUGAUUCGAAAGCUUUCCAAAAUUGCUCCGAUUUGAAGGAGUUGGAUUUAAGCUCGAAUGCUUUGCAACAAGUCCCGGAUGCGAUUCGAGAGUUGACGUUUUUAAAAAAUUUGGAUUUGGGGGAAAAUCAAAUUAGUGACUUUAAAAAUGGGACUUUUAAGAAUUUGGAUCAAUUAACGGGGUUGAGGUUGAUUGAUAAUAAUAUUGGGAAUUUGAGUAAGGGGAUGUUUUGGGAUUUGAGAUCUUUGCAAGUUUUGAAUUUGGCCAAAAAUAAGAUUCAAAGUAUCGAAAGAGGGACUUUUGACACAAAUACUUUGAUCGAGGCGAUUAGAUUGGAUGAGAAUUUUUUGACGGAUAUUAAUGGGGUUUUUGCGAGCUUGGCGAGUUUGUUAUGGCUAAAUUUGUCUGAGAAUCAUUUGGUGUGGUUCGAUUAUGCUUUUAUUCCGAGUAAUUUGAAGUGGUUAGAUAUCCAUAAUAAUUUCAUCGAGCAUUUGGCGAAUUAUUACAAGAUACAAGAGGAGAUUCGGGUUAAAACUUUAGAUGCGAGUCAUAAUCGAAUCACGGAGAUUUCACCUUUAUCGAUCCCAAAUAGUGUUGAGUUACUCUUUAUUAACAACAAUUUAAUCAAAACGGUGAAUCCAAACACUUUUUACGACAAACCAAAUUUAGUGCGAGUCGACAUGUACGCAAAUGAAUUAAUCAACUUAGACAUAAACGCUUUAAGACUCUCCCCAUACUCGAAUAAAACCCUCCCAGAAAUUUAUUUGGGGGGAAACCCCUUUCAUUGCGACUGCACCAUGGAGUGGCUCCAAAGAAUCAACAACAUGACCCAAGCAAAACAAUACCCAAAAAUCAUGGAUUUAGACAACGUAAUGUGCAGGAUGACGCAUUCUCGAGGGAUGACUCACAUGCCUUUAUCAAGGGCGAAACCAUCCGAUUUUUUAUGCACCUACGAAACUCAUUGUUUCGCUCUUUGCCAUUGUUGCGAUUUCGACGCUUGCGACUGCGAAAUGACCUGCCCCCAAAAUUGUUCUUGCUACCAAGACGAAACUUGGAACACAAACGUCGUCGAUUGCUCCAGACAAAACGCCAACGAAAUCCCCCAAAGAAUCCCCAUGGACGUCACCGAACUCUACCUCGACGGCAACAACAUCAAAGAGCUCCAAAAUCACGUCUUUAUCGGCCGAAAAAACAUGCGAGUUCUAUACGCGAAUAACAGCCGAAUUGAAACGAUUCAAAAUCGGACUUUUAACGGGUUAAACGCGCUACAAAUGUUGCAUUUAGACGAUAACAACAUUUAUGAGUUAAAAGGGUACGAAUUUGAGCAUUUGGGUCAUCUCAAAGAGUUAUAUCUCCAAAAUAAUAAGAUUAAUUUUAUUGGGAAUAACACGUUUUCUUCGUUACGAUCUUUAGAGAUUUUGCGCCUCGAUGGGAAUAAAUUAACGUCAUUCCCAAUUUGGCAAUUAACUCAAAACGCGUUUUUAACCGAGUUAUCAAUCGGGGGGAAUCAAUGGUCGUGCCGAUGCAAAUUCCUCCAAGAAUUCACCGCAUGGAUCGUGGAUAACGCCCCGAAAGUUUUAGAUUCCUCCGAUGUGAUGUGUUAUAACACCGAUUCGAAACCAUCUCAAAGACGUGAAUUAGACUUUAAUUCGACGGCGUGUAGUGAUUAUGUUGGUAAUUCGGUAAUAGACAGUAUGUUAAUUUCGGACUAUUUACCAAUGGCUGUUGUGGUUAUGUGCGUGGUAAUUUUACUUUUAGUGUUCCUAAUUUUGUGGUUCAUCUUCAGAGACACGAUAAGAGUGUGGUUGUACUCCAAAUACGGGGUAAGAUUAUGUAAUUUAACCGCGAAACAAUUCGAGGAUCGCGAUAAACUUUACGACGGAUUCGUGUGUUAUUCCCCGAAAGACGAAGAAUGGGUCGUCCAAUCUUUAGCGGCCGGGUUGGAUAACUUCCAGUUGUGUCUCCAUUAUCGGGACAUCCCCCACACCGCUUAUCUCCAACACGCCGCCCCCGCACUUUUAGAACACGCGGAUGCAAGCCGACGUGUUAUUAUGAUCUUAACAAGGAAUUUCUUGCAAACUGAGUGGUCAAGGUUCGAGCUUCGCCAGGCGAUUCACGAAGCUUUAAAAGGAAGAGUUUUUAAGCUGGUAAUUUUAGAAGAGGGUCCCUUACCAGAAGCCGAACUCGAUCCCGAAUUAAGACCGUAUCUUAAAACGGGGCAUCGAAUUCAAUGGGGGGAAAAAAGGUUUUGGGAGAAAUUGCGUUAUGCAAUGCCUUCGGUGGAAACUCGAGGGAAAAUUAACGCGAAUUACCGAAGGAAUAUUAACAAUUAUACGAUAGAAAGUAGAGUGGUGGUUGCGAAUGGGACUCAUAACCAUCAUAAUUACCCGGAGAAAGUUAAAAACCCUCCUCCACCAUCACCCGGGAUGUUUCCUCCAGCUUAUAUGACCGCGAUGGCUCACGAACAUGAUGAGGCUAAUUAUUCUUCGGCGACGACGGCCACACCAUCUCCAAGACCGUCGAGGAGGACACCACAAGAACCGAGACCGUUAUCGGAUCAUAUAUAUUCGAGUAUAGAUUCGGAUUAUAGCACCUUGGAGAGGGGGCCAUCCGGGAGGCGGGGACCCCCAUGGAGGCCCCAUAUGAUGCAUCCAAAUUCUGGCGGAACAGGUCAAGCUUACCUCGUGUGAUAUCAUUUUUUCGAUAACGAAAAAUUGACUGACUAGUUUUUACUCAAAGACUUAAUAAUAAUUAAUUUUUAAAAAAGGAAAAAAAAAUCAAUCUUUCAUUAUUAUAAUAAAAAAAUUGAUUCAAAGAAUUAAUUAAUUAAAAAAAAAAACCUAAAGACUAAUAACCUCGGCUAUUUGUGUAUAUUAUAAUAAUUAUUAUUUUUUU